AUGACCUGGCCCCAGAGACCUAUCCCCAUCGAGCCUGUGAUCGCUGCCGGCGGAAAAAAGCCAAAUGUAGCCGGUCAAGCUUGCACCUUUGACAUUCUCCCUGGCCGGCGAGGACCCAAAGGAAGGCCUAGGCGCCGCAAUAUUGUCAGUAUCCAAGAUGACACCGGCCGACAGCAUCAUGACCCCCUCGAGACAUCCCUAUCAUCUUCGUCAUAUGUUUCACCUAUCGUGCAUACCGCCGAAACAUCUCCCCAACCUCCAGCCGCAAUACCCUCACAAUAUCCUCGUCAUCCGACAACCCUAGAGCGAUACAGACUUCUCGCCGGUGCCAUCAACCAUGCUUCCUCGUCCUUAACAUCGCUCGAAGCCGUGGCCCGAGAGUGUACUGACCUCUUCUUUGGGUACAUUGUCCACUCCAACAUGUCGGUGCACGAAUCUAGUUUCCGCCACUCACUAAACCAGGCUGUCGGUACUUCGCCGGCUGGGGUGUCGCUGACCGAUCACGCAUUUACCCUCAUUACUGCAGUAUGCGCCAAGGUUUGUUUCUUUAUGCCCUCGGACCUGUUUCCGAUUGGGGGCUGUCUUGCCGAGACGUUCCUCGAGGCCUCGCGCAGUUGCCUUGCUAGCUUUACCGAUGCCGACUUUGAGAAUCCCUGUGCCGACUCCAUUACUAUUAGAUACCUCCACUCCAACUGCCUACACACCUGCGCGAGGCCGAUGGUCUCAUGGAAUGUUUUUGGGGAGGCCGUUCGACUAGUUCAGCGAAUGCACCUCCACGAUGAAGAUUCGUAUGCUUCACUCCCCGCGAUCGAAGCAAACAAGCGUCGAAAUGCCUUCUGGCAGAUAUAUCUAGGGGACAAGUCAUUGGCUGUGCUUCGGUCUAUGCCGAUAACAAUAUGUGACUAUUCUUUCGAGGAGGUUAUAACAACGACGUAUCCCUUGAACGACCAAAACGAGUUGACUGUAGGCUCUAAUGCUAGUAUACGACUUUGGCAGUACGCUGCAGAUUUGUUGCUGCGAAUGAGAUUGAUCAAAAAGGAGCAGACUGUUGACCCAAACCUGCCGGAUCGGCCUUUGACACCAGCCAAUGUUAUCGCCUUGGGCGAGCUUUACAUUCGAUUUGCAACCUGUAUCGACGAUCUACCGCCACAUCUUCUGCCAAAUAGCGAAACCUUUGCUGACAACCAUGGCGAUACCACACGCAAACGAUUUACGGCCCAGAUAGCAGAUCUGCAAGUAACCUACCACUGUUUAAAGAUGCAUCUUACCCAGAAACUCGAGGAGAUCGGAUACUUUUCUUGCACUGGAGAGUGUCGGGACAUGCUUGUACUAAAAAAAACAGAGAUCGCGGGAGACAUGAUUCGCCUGUUGCAAAGUAUACCGUUCUGGUCCUUGAAGGUCAAUGGGGAGCCUUGUGUGCGUGAGCGUGCAUCCCCCGGACUCAUGUAUAACAGGGAAGAUGGCUCACAUUUCACUUCUAAAUUUAGGCCGAAAAGAUUCGCCUCGUCGGCGCGGGCUUGCUCGCUAUAA